CGAGAAGACGCACUAUAUAACAACAAUCCUUGAGCCAGGAAGCAUUGGUGGUGAAGAUACACUACAACACCAACAACAACAAAAAAAAAGAGCUUGGAAAUUUCAAAAUUUUCUAAAACUUGGAAAUCAGAAUCAAUGGAGAUCAAAGCUGAAACGAUGCAAAAGUCAAAGUUCAGAAGAAUCUGCGUCUUCUGUGGAAGCAGCCAAGGCAAGAAGAGUAGUUACCAAGAUGCUGCCGUUGAUCUCGGCAACGAACUGGUUUCAAGGAAUAUUGAUCUAGUCUAUGGAGGUGGGAGCAUAGGAUUGAUGGGUUUGGUUUCACAAGCUGUUCAUGAUGGUGGUCGUCAUGUUAUUGGAAUUAUUCCCAAGACCCUCAUGCCUAGAGAGUUGACUGGUGAAACAGUAGGAGAAGUAAGAGCAGUUGCAGAUAUGCACCAAAGGAAAGCUGAGAUGGCUAAGCACUCUGAUGCUUUUAUUGCCUUACCAGGUGGUUAUGGAACACUUGAAGAAUUGCUUGAGGUCAUAACUUGGGCUCAGCUUGGAAUACAUGAGAAGCCGGUGGGUUUGCUCAAUGUUGAUGGAUACUACAACUCUCUGCUCUCAUUCAUCGACAAAGCAGUCGAAGAAGGAUUCAUCAGCCCGACUGCUCGUGAGAUCAUCGUCUCUGCUCCUACUGCUAAAGAGCUUGUGAAAAAGCUAGAGGAAUACGAACCUUGCCAUGAGAGUGUUGCGUCUAAGCUUUGUUGGGAUAUGGAACGGAUUGGAGAAUAAUGAUUAAGAUCAAGAUCUAAUAUAUAUCUCUAUCUAUAUAACUAUUUAAAUAUUUUAUAUAUAGAUAUGAAAAUCAGAAAAUGUCGGAGAUUUUACGAUUUUAAUCUUACUAAAAAAAAGGAAGGAAUAGAUUCUGAUUAGUUGGGUAAUGUAAAAAUAUUUCCACUACGGAGGAAAUUAUUCUGUGUAAAUUAUGAGCGCUAUCUUUUAAAGUUUUAACUCCAAACUAAAUGUCUUUACUUCUGUAAGAGCAUUUAUCAACUCUUCUUUGUAACCCAAAAAAGUUUCACACUUUCGUGCUCGUCUCAUAU